AUGAUGAGCCUUCAGAGUACUGGUUCUGCAGGGGGUGAAUCAGAUGACCAGCUUGGGCCCUCCUUGGAGAACGCCAAACAAUAUUGUGGGUACUUGGAAGGCCCUCGAGAGCAGGAAGGAGUGAGAAGCCCACAAUCUACCACAGGCCCCCAGCACCCCGUGUCGGUGUGCGCAGUGGCCCUGCUGCAGACUGGCAGGCUCCAGACAUUCAUUUUCUCUGUGCGCUGGUCGGAUGGCGGCAACAUUUUCGUGCACAGGAACCAUGAGGAUUUCAGAAGGCUCCAUAAAACUCUGGAAAAGACGUUCCCACUGGAGGCAGGCCUGCUGAACAGAUAUGAUCGCGUUCUUCCCCCCCUUCCUGAUUUGCGGUUGUGGGCCCGUGUGGGACAGACGCACCGUGGCCUGGCGCAUCUGAGGCGCCUGGAGGCCUACGCCAAGAUGCUGUUGACUGUGAGCGAGCCCAUAUCCCGGAACCCGGUGGUCACCCACUUCUUCACGCCUCAAGCCCUGGACCUGAAACCUGGGCUGCCACCUGGCAGCCUGGUGACUCUAUCCGUCCCUGAGGAGCCACUGCCUGCCCCUGCGAGUAGCCCUGACAUCCGACGGCUGGAGGCGCAGAACCUGCGCUGUCUGCAGCCCUACUGCACCCAGGACACACGAGGCCGACCCUUUCGCGUGUGUGCCCAAGAGGCCUUGGACGUCCUGCUGAGGCACCCCUCAGGCUGGUGGCUGGUGGAGAACGAAGUCAAGCAGACAGCCUGGUUUCCUGCGCCCUACCUGGAAGAGGUGGCCCCAGGCCCAUGGCAGGAAGGGGACCUGCCUCUGGGGACCAGCGGGCUACUGUUCUAUGCUUCCCGUGCCUAUGAGCCACGUGUCUCAGAUGAACUGUCUGUGCCCGCGGGGGCGCAAGUGUGUGUGCUGGAGGGAUCGGAUUGCGGCUGGUGGUUAUGCAGGUACAGCGGCCGGGUUGGCCUUUUGCCUGCUGUGCUGCUGCAGCCUGACAGGCUGGGAGUGCUCCUGUGCCCAGAGCUCCCUCUGGUCACUCUCCCACCCGUGCCCACCGUGCCAUCUUGA